CCUCUCGAUGUCUUGAAGCGUCCUUGGAAGUUCGGCUCGCCCUCCCUUCUUCCUCGUUCAACCGCGAGAUCGAGUAGUAUCUCUUUCUUUCCCUCGGAGCGAUGGAGUUUCGAGUUUGUAGCGUUUUGAGCUUGUUUAUCAUCUUCUUCCUCAUCUCUCCUCGAGCUAGGAGUGAGGAUUCUGGUUCAGUUUUCUUCAUUGAUGGCACUGGUCAUCAAUUCCUUCGCGAAAGAUCACCCGACCAUGAAGUUGAGAAACCAUCAUUGUUGCUUCAGGAAGUUGGUGCCGCUGUAUCAAUUUUACUUGGUUUUUCACCUUCUUCAAGCCUUUCAGCCGCUGGCUCGUCCAAGCUGGAUGAGAUCCUUGUUCCCAAUCCAUUCAAGAGGCCCCGUGCUGUGCUUUUGCUGGAAGUGAAUGGAAUUGAUGAUAGACAAAUUGCCCAAUAUAAUGAAAUGUUCAGCAAUGCAUUUAGAAGCACGCACAUUCUUGGUUCAGAUAAAGUUGACAUUCAAUUUCGUGAUGAAGAUGAUGUUUCUGUGCUUCUCUUGGAUGAACCGUCAAAAGAUUGCACUGAAAAAGAAAUUAGUGCUUUUGCAUCUAUGAUGGGUGGAUCUUAUGCUUCUAAUACCCAAGAGCCAUUAAACGGAGUGCUGACAAUCCCGCUGGCAAAUGGCGCUAUGGUGAAUCUGCAUAUGUCGAAGAAAUCAGAAAGGGAGUAUGUAGUAGCUCUUCUAUCUCUGGUUCGCAAUGUUGAAAGGGCAAUCCAAAUGCAUGAUGAUUUAUCGCAAAGUACAAGGAAUCCAGCAGAGUUGCUGAUGGGAUGCUUCAGUGGCAUUAAGGCUUUGCAAGAGCAAGAUGGAGCUGAAAGUAUUGUUCAAGAUGGGGUUGAGCUGCUACUCGUAACUUUAACCAAGAUACUUGGUUCACUGCAGGAAGCUUACAAAGGUCAAAUUGUUGGAGUUAUAUACUCUCAUUCGAGGACUACUCAGGAGUUGAGUAAGACGCUUGAUUUUGUGUUUUCUUCUCACAAUGCUGCUCGAUUGUUGGCGGAAGAUAAAGCAUUGAAUGUAUCACUUGCGGAAGUGGUGUUCGUUAGGCGAACCCUUGCAUGGGUAACAGGAUUGAUUUUGCUCAUCUCAACUCUGAUAGGGAUAUGCUAUCUUUUGAAUAUGCCACUCACAAGGGAUACCCUCCUCUAUUCUAAUGUCAAGCUCGACUAAGCAAGGAAGCCUCAUGACAAAUCUGUUCACCCAAAAAGAUCGAGUGGAGAACCAGGUGCCCAUUGAACAUUGUAAUGGGGGCUUUUUCUAGAUGCCUCCUAGCUAUCUGCGUCCAUGAUUACAUUAUUGUCUUUAGAGCAAUAGCAUGUUGUAUUGAGGCAUCGGUAACUAGUUGAAUCAGAAUUUGGAUUUAUCGAGAAGUUAUUUAUUAAAUCGAAGGAUGUUGCAUUGUAAAGCUUGGUUAUUGGGCUUUGAUGGUUUUGUGGUCAUUCCUUGCAUUGCAAUAAUGUGUAUCCUAUGUUUUACAAUUUUUGCUGAUUACUAUUCAGUUGUUAAAUAAUAAAAUUCCAUGGAUCCUUGGAUCCAUUGGCUUCAUGAUUA